UUAAUAUAUACCUUUUUACUGUGAAAAAAGUGCAAUAGUCCGCCUCUUAUUGACAUUCUUAUCAAGUUACGAAACUUUUUUGGGGGGGGGGGCAAAUCUAGCUUUGCUUGUAACAUUUUGAUGUUUUCCUCACAUUAUUUUGCUUGAACAACAUGUCAAAUUUUUAUCUUUGACGAAUGCAACCCUCACCCCGAUCGCAGGGUUUUCUUUCCUCCUGACUUUGUCGUAAAUUUACAAACAUUCCUCCAAAGUCAAACAUGUGCUUUAUUCCCAAAUUGUCGGCAAGCCCUUGAAACAAGGCAAAGCAAAUUUAUUUAUAUAGCGCAUUUCAUACACGAGGUAACUCGGUGUGCUUUACAUGAUUAAAGGCAUUUGAAAACAAAGAGAUAAAACAUUUAAAAUGGGAUAAAAACAAUGAAAAAUGACCAAAUAUAAAAAAAAAAGACAAAACCGCGUACAGUGCAAGUAAUAUGAUCAAAAAGUGGACAUAUUUUAUAAAGCAUGAGAAAAAAAAAUGAAGUUUUCAACCUGCAUUUCAAAACAUUCCCACUCGGGGCUGACCUCACCUCUGUUGUGUGCAGCAUAAUAGCUCAAUGCUGCUCCGCCAUGUUUGCUUUGGACUCAGCGCUUCACUAUUUGACCCGAGUCAGUCGAUCUCAGAGCUCCACUGGGUUUGGAUUCUUGGAAUCGCGAGGAAGAAGCGGCGGCGGCGGCCAGUGUCGGAUUUGUCGACGGUCCACUUUUUUGGGUUUUUCCGAAGAAGCGUGAGAUGCGUUGACGAGUUGUGAGGCGGCUAAGAUGCAGUCGCUGGCGCAGGGUCAGUCGAAGGCGCCCGCCCGCCCGACCAACGGGAAGGAGGAAGCCGUCGACUCGGAACCGGAGCCCGCGGAGGAGCAGGAGCAGGAGGAGGCGGAGGCGGAGUUUAACUGGCAGGAGUACAUGGAGGAGACGGGAGCCACCGGCGCUCCGGACGGCGCCUUCAAGCACGUGGAGGUGAGCCUGCAGAGCAGCUUCCAGCCGGGCAUGAAGCUGGAGGUGGCCACCAAGGGCGCGGCCGACGCCUACUGGGUGGCCUCCGUCGUGGCCACGUGCGGGCAGCUGCUGCUGCUGCGCUUCAGCGGCUACGGCGACGACCGCAGGGCCGACUUCUGGUGCGACGUCAUGACGGCCGAGCUGCACCCGGUGGGCUGGUGCGCCCAGAACCGCAAGACCCUCAUGCCCCCCCAAGAUAAGCUGAGAAAAGCUAUUAAAGAGAAACACGGCGACUGGACAGAGUUUCUGGUUGCCGAGCUGACCGGCUCCAGGACGGCGCCCGCUAACCUGCUGGAGGGGCCACUACGAGGGAAGAACACCGUGGACCUGAUCGUCCAAGGGUCGGUCCUGGAGCUGCGGGACGCGUCGGACCCGUUCCGGUACUGGCCGGCGCGCGUCGUCCGCAACGUGGGCGGGCGGCUGCGUCUCCGCCCCGCCGGCCUCUCCGACGAGCGCCCGUCUCGGGACGUGUGGCUCUUCUACCUGGACGUGAGGCUGCGGCCGCUCGGGUGGGCGCAGGAGAACCGCCUGGCCUUGGAGCCGCCCCCAGAAUUGCGGACCCUGAAGAGCGCCGCCGACUGGCAGCGAGCUCUGGAGGACGUGCGGCGGGCGAGCGCCGUGCCGCUCGAGGUCUUCAAGGACCAUUCCGACGUGCCCGCGCACGCCUUCAAAGUGGGCAUGAAGCUGGAGAUGGUUUCUCCGUGGGACCGCCUGCAAAUUUGCCCCGUUUCUGUCACCAAGGUCUUCAGUGAGAACUACUUUCAAGUCACAGCGGACAACCUGGCGGCCGACGCCGAGCCGCGUUCGGUGUUGUGUCACGCCAACUCUCCGGGCAUCGUGCCCGUCCAGUGGUGCCUGAAGAACGGCGCCAUUCUUGAGAGGCCGCGCGGCUACCGGGGUCAGGACUUCGACUGGGCCGACUACCUCAAGCAGAGCGCCGCCGAAGCCGCCCCAGACUCCUGCUUCCCUGACACGUGGCAGACGCGGGCGUUCGCCAAGGACACGUGGCUGGAAGCGGUGAACACUCGGCGACCGGCGGAGAUUUGCGUGGCCCAGAUUACUCAAGUCCGAGGUCGCCUGUUGUGGCUGCGACUGGAAGGUGUGGCCCCGCAGUUUUGUGAGACCAUCGUGGAUGUGGAGUCCAUGGACAUCUUUCCUGUGGGCUGGUGCGAAGCCAACUGCUACCCUCUGAACCCGCCGCUCAAACCCACCCGUGGAAAGCAGCGGAAGAUUGCAGUGGUCCAGCCCGAGAAACAAUUGGCGCCAUCCCACCCGGUGGAGCCGCCUCCCGCCAGUCUUUGCCAGCCUCCUCCCAAUGACGCGGCCAAUGGACGCUACUGCUGCUCCAAGGUGUUUGUCAACCACCGCUGCUUCUCAGGACCGUACCUCAACAAGGGACGCAUCGCCGAGCUGCCGCAGGCGGUCGGGCCCGGAAAAUGCACCCUGGUUCUCAAAGAGCUCCUCACCAUGCUCAUCAACGCCGCCUACAAGCCCGGGCGUGUCCUCAAGGAGCUGCAGGAGCUGGAGGACGCCAGCUGGGACUGCCAGGAGGAGACCUUGAAAGCCAAAUAUAAAGGGAAAACGUACCGCUCCAGCAUCAGAAUUGUCCGGCUGGCCGAGCUCAUCCCGGACUUCUGCCGCAAAGUGUGCAUCAAGCUGCAGUGCUGCCCCAACCUCGUCGGCCCCACGCUGGUACCCGAAAAGUGUCCGGAGAGCUGCUUUGUUCAGACCAAAACCAAAUACACUUAUUACUACGGGAAGAAGAGGAAGCUGUCCAAGCCUCCUGGAGGCGAGGAGGCCGCAGGAGGAGCAGAGCCGCUCAAACCGAAGCGCAAGAAGAGGAAGAGCAUCUUCGUGCAGAAGAAGCGGCGCUCGUCAGCGGUGGACUACACUCCCGCGGGCUCAGCCCAGGAAAGCGAGGGAGAAGCGGAGAACGGGGCGUCGCGGUCGGGUAGCGAGGGAACCACCUCGGAACCCCGCGACGACCUGACCGACGCGUCUUCUGUGGAGACGGCCAGCAGCCGUCCGCAACGGCGCGACGCCGAGUCCGCGGGCGACAGUAACGCCGGCGGCGGCCAGGAGGGCCGACGGAGGUCUACGCGUCAGCUCCUCAGCAAGUAUCAAGCACCCAAAGAAGAAGAAACGCGGGAAGAGGAGGAGCCGCUAGUUCUGGACAAAAACCCACUGGAGUGGAGCGUACAGGAAGUGGUCCAGUUCAUCAACUCCACCGACUGCGCGUCGCUCGCGAACAUCUUCCAGGAGCAGGACAUCGACGGGCAGGCCAUGCUGCUGCUGACGCUGCCCACUGUGCAGGAGUGCAUGGACCUGAAGCUCGGGCCCGCCAUCAAGCUGUGCCACCACAUCGAACGCGUCAAGGUGGCGUUUUACAGACAGUACGCCAACUGAGCCCGAUGGGGAACUCCCAAUUUCCAAAGCUGUGAAGCGCGAGACGCGGGAGCCGAGCGCUGAGAGUUUUUCUCGCUUAUGUUUUCAUUUAGUGCGAGAGGAUCCUUUGGAUGUUUUAAUUUAAAAACAGAUUAAAACCGGCCAAUAAUUAAUAUAUUUGGACUAUUUAUUGCUGUGCUCACUUUGAGGUGCAACUGCUUUUACUUUUCCUCUUUCAAUUAAUUCGACAACAUUUAAAAAAUGUGCUCCUCUCCUUCUGUGAACUCCAACCAACCGACUGCUGUUGUUUUGCUCAUCUAUGCAAAUGUAUUGUUUGCUGAUAUUUUGAUAAGAAAAUAAAUUUCUAUUCAUUUGCA